UGUUCUCAGUCAGUUCUGUUUACAUGCUUUAAUGCAUUCAAUGUAUGCAUGCUCCCUGGGAAUCGAACCCGUGACCUUUUGCGCUGCUAAUGCAAUCCUUUACCAUUUAAGGGAAAGGCUGUAAUCCAGCCCCUUACAGUGCAGUCGAGGUAUACGUACAGGUUGCAAGGUUUGAACCCGUGACCUUUUGGGUAUCUCUGGGUCUAAUCUGUAAUGAUGACUUCACAUAAAGGAGCUGUAUGGAAAUAUUGGAGUGGUAAUUUUUUUUUAGAGGGGAUAGUUUGGGGUGGGGAAAAAUUUGCUUUUGUAACCCCACUGUCUAAUGUUUUCUCUGAGGUGUUGGUGGUCUAAACCCCACUCAGCGGAAAAUUGCGAAUGUUUCUGUGUUUGUGGUAUUCGGUGACAUCCGGGGGAACUUCUACUGAAAAGAAAUGUUCCACCACAUACGCACAGGCGCAUUAUCACAGUUAUAUCACCGGGCAAGUGGCACAAAGGAUUAUACUUUUUGCUAUAGCACACAGAACAGAUAAUGUUGUUGUGAUACGGAAGGGGGACCGUAAUGACCGCACGCUUCCGGUUGCCUGCUGGCAGAAGUUAUGAUGUGGGAGCCGUGGAGGAGUCCAGAGAGAGACAACACUCGCAGGUGGUGUGUAACGUUUUACUACUGGACAACACAGUGCAGACUUUCGAAGUCAACAGACAAGAUCAAGGGCAGAUCUUGUUGGACCUAGUAUAUAAACAUUUGGAGCUGACGGAGCGGGACUACUUCGGCCUUCAGCUAGCGGACGAUUCAUCUGACAACCAGAGGUGGCUGGAUCCUAACAAACCCAUUAGAAAACAACUAAAGCGGUCGUGUCCUCAUAAUCUGAGGUUUAGGGUGAAGUUUUUUGUGAGUGACCCUGGUAAACUACAAGAAGAGUAUACAAGGUAUUUGUACUUUCUGCAGUUGAAGCAGGAUAUUCUGAGUGGACGGCUUCCAUGCCCUCAGAAUACAGCAGCAGUUUUGGCGUCUUAUGCUGUUCAAGCUGAGUUCGGGGACUACAGUCACUCCGAACAUUUGCCCGGGUAUCUCUCCGAGUACAGCUUCAUUCCCAACCCGCCACAGGACUUUGAGAAAGAGGUCUCCAAGCUUCAUCAAGAGCACAAUGGACUGACUCCAGCUCAGUCGGAGUUUAACUACUUGAAUGCUGCUCGCACACUGGAGCUGUACGGCGUUGAAUUGCACUAUGCUCGGGACCACUGUAACGCAGAGAUUUAUAUUGGAGUUUUGUCUGCCGGCAUCUCUAUCUAUAAGGACAGGGUACGAAUCAACCACUUUCCAUGGUUGAAAAUUGUAAAAAUAUCUUUUAAAUCGAAGCAGUUUUUUAUACAACUAAGAAAAGAGCUGAAUGAAAACCGUGAGUCAUUGUUGGGCUACAACAUGAUGAACUACAGAGCAUGUAAAAACGUAUGGAAGGCAUGCGUAGAGCACCACACGUUCUUCAGACUAGAUCGGCCGGUUCCUCCCGAGAGGAACCUCUUUCUGCAGUACUUCACCCUCGGAUCCAAGUUUCGUUACUGCGGAAGGACAGAGGCACAAUCUGUACAGUACGGGAAGGAAAGGGGAAACAAAAACAGAGUUUUUGCCAGGUCACCAAGCAAACCUUUGGUCCGGAGACUCAUGAGCGGUUUGGAUUGGGAGACCGUCAGUAGGAAUUCCCUCUCGGAUGACCGACUGGAGACUCAGAGCUUGCCUAACCGAUCCCCACCGGAUUCACCCAAUCAUAGUAACUCUGUGUAUAACACAGAGGGGGCGCGGGUCAGGCCGUCCUCCAUUGGUCACCUGGUCGAUCAUGUGAUCGAUGACUCACCAUGCCAGACGUUCACCAAUCACAAGUCUGCGUCCUCCACACAAGCCAACAGCAUCAGUCUGGAUUCAACACCGUCCCCAGAUGUAACAGCUGACGAACAGCCGCCCGCGUUGCCCCCGAAACAGUCCAGGAAAGACCCCGCCACUCACAACGGCAGAUCCCAAUCUCAACAUGAGCUGGACGACCACCUGAGUGAAUACUACAACGUACCUGCAGUGUCAGGAAAGAGCAUGAAUGGAGCGGUUCCUCACGACAAUCUCGUUUUGAUUAAAAUGAGGCCAGAUGAAAACGGGCGCUUCGGAUUUAACGUUAAGGGUGGCGCUGAUCAGAGGAUGCCCAUCAUUGUUUCCCGUGUGGCUCCAGGGACUCCCGCUGACAUGUGCAUGCCGCGCCUGAACGAGGGCGACCAGGUCGUGCUGAUCAACGGUCGGGAUAUCUCGGAGCACACUCACGAUGAUGUGGUUAUGCUAAUUAAGGCCAGCUGUGAGGACCAAUCAGGAGAGCUUAUACUGCUGGUCAGACCUAAUGCCAUCUAUGAUGUAGAUGAAGACCAGGAGAAGCUGGACCUGGAGCCAGACUUCCAGUACAUUCCCGAGACAUCCGGUCUGGAUCAUUCCCGCUCAGAUGCUGAUAGUUUAAGAUCCUCUAUACAACUAUUAAAAGACGGCCUUUCCAGCGGAGUGGUCCCCGCACAGUUUGAUCAACUGUAUAGGAAACGACUUGGGAUGUCCAUGUCGUCUGCCAGAUUGCCACAAAACAUCUCUAAAAACCGUUAUCGGGAUAUUUCUCCAUACGAUGCUACGCGAGUCGUAUUGAAAGGGACGGACGAUUAUAUCAACGCAAAUUUCAUCAAUAUGGAGAUUCCCAAAACAGGUGAAGUAAAGCGGUAUAUUGCAUGCCAAGGGCCGCUUCCUGGUACCUGCACCGAUUUCUGGCAGAUGGUUUGGGAACAGAGCGCCACCCUGGUGGUUAUGCUGACAACACAAGUUGAACGUGGCAGGGUGAAGUGUCAUCAAUACUGGCCGAAUGUUUCUUCGAGUGGCACCUACGGCGACUUUCAGGUUACAUGCGUAUCUGAGGAAGGAAAUUCUGCAUAUCUGCUUAGAGAUCUGACGCUUACACACCUGGAGAGUAAAGAAGACCGUCAGAUCUGUCAGAUGCAGUACAUGGCGUGGCCUGAUCACGGCGUACCAGAAGAUUCAUCCGAUUUCCUAAACUUUGUCAGUCAAGUACGCGGCAAAAGAGCCGAUACACCGGAUCCUGUGGUGGUUCACUGCAGUGCCGGGAUUGGACGCACCGGCGUCCUUAUCACCAUGGAGACAGCGAUGUGUCUGAUAGAGAACGGUCAGUCUGUAUAUCCUUUAGACAUCGUAAGAACCAUGAGAGACCAGCGUGCCAUGAUGAUCCAAACUCCUAGCCAGUACCGAUUCGUCUGCGAGGCUAUCCUGAAAGUUUACGAGGAGGAGAUCGUAAAACCGUUUGAGAACGAACCUACAGAACAAGAAGAAUGAAAGCUUCGCCGUCUCGGAGGUUUCAACUACUGCCAGUGAGAACUACGCUCAGCUCGCUGUCGCCCCUGCUGGAAGGCAAUGGACAUGACCGGCCGCAAGCUAGAAUACAGAGAAAAGCACUAUUGCACUUUACAGCGACAAACAAUGACUUAAAGGGAUUUUUUUCAUGAAAUAAAAAAAAUCAGGUGACUGAUUAAUGGGUACUGUUAAUAUUGUUAAUUUUUUGGGGAUUGGAGAAACAAAUUUAAUUUCGCUUUUGUGCCAAAAGCUGAAAUGAGCCACAAUCAGAAACGGAACUCAUGCAACUAACAAUGACGUUUUGCGUUUUCCUGGCUGUUUGUUUGUUUGUUUUGUUCAUUUUUUUAACGGUGAACUUAAAAACAACGGGUGCUGGCCCCUUCCCAUUUUUACGACUGUAAUUGUUUUAAUUGUAUUGUUUAGGUUUAAAACUUUAACCGUUUCAGCAUUUUAUAAGAAACGUUCAACAAAAGCAGUCAGCCACUGAAACACUUCAGCUUUUAACUUUUUAUUUUAUUUUAUUUUACUCCCGCGCCUUUGUGAAGUACUAGCUACAGUUAUAUACCGGUUUCAUUGAGAAUAUCACAAGUUCUCUAAAUUGAGUCAAAAUUAAUAUGCCACCAGCAAAUGCUGAAGAAUUGUCUUGCUGCCAAAUCUCACAACUGUUUGCCUGUGAAAAUGAUUGGUGUCUUGACUCAUUGACUAUUUAUUACGAGGGCAUGUGUAGUACAUGGAAAGCCUGACGUUUGUGUCCUUAAAUAUGUCGUAGGCAGCUCUUUGGCUCUGAGGUCCAAAUCGACAGGAUCUUGGAAGCAGAUGUUUGUUUAAACUUUAAAGCUGUGAAGUUCAUGUUUGCUUCAUUGACGGAAACUUAUAGCUACUAGUUUCGAUCAACCAGUACUUUGGACGCAAACUUAGACGUAAAACACGAAAAGUAUUUUUUAGCCCAGCAUUUGCUCUUGUCAGCUCAAAUAUUGUCGCAUGACUCAUAUUAUAUUUUAUCAUGUUUGAAAUCCAAAUUUUUACUGCGAAUAUUGAAUUAAACUAAAAUUGUACGAAUAUCGCAAAUUUGCGCUUUAUUACUGGUUCUGCAUUACCUGCAAUAAAAUACAUAAGCUGGUCAUAAGUCCUAAAGAUAUGGCCAGUCUAGUAGGUAAAUUUGCGCGUGAAGGUGCCAAAAAUGUACAAAUACUUAUUUAUGGGCACUUUCUAGCCUGUAGCGAUAAAUUUGACUUUAUUAUUUUUACGAUUAAUUUUUUGCAUUCUCAACGCAGAGAAUAUAUUUAAAAAUUAUAAUGCGAACAGAGCAUCUAUUUUUUUUAAUGUGACACUCCGAUCAUCUUAAUAGUUUACAAACAUGACCUUUCUGGCACUUCUUGUCAUUGUCCGUUUCUCCUGUACGAUGUUUCGCGGUGCCAUUGCGUAAACUGUUUGGCGUCAAGGACCAAUCCCGCCCACCGUUUUGAAUGUCGAGCCGAUUUGCUUCAGCGUACGUCGUUAUAGCGCAGCAGCUAACACAUUUACUACCAAUGUUGGAUAUGGUGGUAUUUUUGUAUUUAAUAAAAAAAAAUGAACGACAAAGGACAGCACUUUGUAACUGACUGCGGUAGUCAGCUGUGCUACUGUAGAAUUUAUACUGUAAUUGUGAGAUGGGGAAAUGCUGUUUAAUUAUAUUUAUGUUCAACAUUUUGUCGAAUAAGAAAACCUGUGUGGGGGGAUCUUAAAUACAUAGUGUCAUAUGUGAAAUAUUUGUAAAUACGAUGUUAUAUAUUAAAAGUGUUCUGAAAAGAUGA